AUGGGGAACGAGUCGCCCACUCCGCGCCAGCUUCUUACAGAAGCCAUAGUCUUCUGGGCUAUAGGACUUGUUAUUUAUGUCGGGAGAAUCCUAGCUCGUAUAAUUGGCAAUGGACAGGGAGUCAAACGUUUGUUCUUGGACGACUAUGUGAUGACAGCAACGUUCGCAAUCUAUACCACAAUGCUAAUAUUGAUUCAAAUAUCUGCCCGUUACGCGACGAACCUCAUGGACCCAAAGGACUACGACAAGGUGUUAGCAGACCCAAAGCAAGUCAGCGAUCGGGUCUAUGGAAGCAAAAUUGUCAUCGGGCUAGAGCAAUGCAUGUUGAUAUCAACUUGGGGCGUUAAGACGUGCAUGUUGAUGCUUUAUUGGCGAAUCACGCAGAAUCUGAAAUCGAACCUCUAUAUCAAGAUUCUUUCUGUUUACGUCGCCAUCGGAUUCGUCGUCAUAAUGGUCACCUAUUAUGCUGUCUAUUGCCGGCCAUUCUCACAAUACUGGGCCAUGCCCGUGGAUAACAUGCAGUGUGCGACAUACCAGCAUUACUCGAUAACCCAAGCCGUCUUCAACAUUUCUUCUGACGCCGCCAUGUUCGCCGUCCCGAUUCCCCUCCUCAUCAAAGCCCAACUCAAGAUGCGCAGAAAGGUCGUCCUCAUCGGUGUUAUGAGUUUGGGCUUGUUCACCAUAAUUGCUGCUAUCCUGAACAAAUUUUUUAAUUUCGCCUCCCCGCUCACAACCACCUACCAAAUCUGGUACAUCCGUGAAGCCAGCACAGCAAUCUAUGUCGCCAAUCUCAUGUGCUGGUGGCCACUACUGCGCAAGCUGUUUGGUGUUAAGGCAUUCCAAUAUAACAGCAACCGAGGCCAGCGACCUGGAAAUUCCGAUAACCAGAAGAACGAAUACCCCAGCAACUUGAAAUCUUCUUCAUUCACAUUCUCUCGCAUAUGGAACUACCGAGGAAACAAGAACGCAACACCAGGCAAGUACAGAGGAGCCAAGCGCUCGAGUACUGAGCCCAUCAACAAAUCCAACACAGAGUUCUUCAACGAUAUGCAUCGUAUCGAAGCUAUCCCCCUUGAGACUUGGAGCAAAAGGAGGAUCUUGGAACUGAGACAUCGGUAA